GUUUUUUCAAGACGUGCCAAGACCCGCCAUCAUGUUGAUUUGCCAUUGAUUGCAGGGCAUCCGCGAUGCCCAAGAAAAGACCCAAGAAGCACCACCAGCUCGAAGCACCGCCUGAGACGGAUCUGAACGAACUCCGCGAGGCCUUGUCCUCGAAGGUCUCGAGGACUUCGACGAGCUCGAGUGCGAAGCUGGGCGUGAGACAGAAAGCCAAAGGCCAGUCGACGGCACCACCGCAGUCUGUCAAGAAGGGCAGCUUCGACGGUGCCAAGCUGGCCUUGGAAUUGUUGGAGGCGUCCACGACACAGCUCCUGCGACGGAAAGGCUGGUUUCGGGACGUUCGUUUGAGACGUUCCGCGGAUGCGUUUCUGCGCAGCAGCAAGCUUUUUCAGAAGGCUUCAGCCAGUCAGUCAGCCCAGACGCUACUUGAAAAGCCUUCGGUGGCUGAGCUGGCCGCAUACGAGGAGGAGCUCCGUGUGCACCUCGAGGGCUUGAGGAAGAAGCUUGGUGCUGUUCCCAUGAACGAAAGCCGCGAGAUCAGUUUGAAGUCCAGCGGACCGGGGCAAGCCAUCGGAGCGAAGCUGAAGGGCCUCAAGAAAAGGGCUGUUGAGCUCGAGAAGAAGCCACGCUCGGUCAUCAAAGGAGCCUUGGCAUGCCUUGGCUGAUGUCGUUUGCCGUGGCCGUGCUAAUCAAUGCCUGAAUUGAUGCUGUUCUCAGUUCCACAGGACUUUGUUUUUGGAAUUUCUUGGAAUUUGGAUGAAUUUAGGCGUUCCAAUCAUCUAAUAAUUUCGAUGAGAAUGCUUCAUGCUCGUCGAUGGACCCCAGCAAGGUGCUGUGCGGUCUAGCUGGCAUGUUUGUCGUUUUCUUUUGAUUUGCAGGUACUUGCAGUGUCUCUCUUUCAACGGCAGUCAUUUUGACUUGGGAACCAACAUCAGUGGAGCAUUGUUGGAGUAUGUUGGUGCACUUAUUCUUCCGCACCAGGAAGCAGCGGAAGCCGAAGAAGCUCAAGGGUUCUGGCCCUGAAGAUGCGCAGUGAGGCUGCGACGGAUGACCAUCUCCACCUCCACCGUGCUGACAGCGGCAGAAAUGACGGAAGGAUCGAUCUGCCAGCGGUGAAAUCAGACAUG